UGCGGAGUCACGUGACCGCCUGCUUAGUUCAAGUCUGUGCGUUUUGUAGCGUUAUUACCUCAGCAUGGCUUUCUUCACCCGUCAGUUCUUCAGAGGUUUUUGCUCCUCAGGUGUCAGCAGAAGCGAAGUUAUAAAACAUGUAACUGUUAUUGGAGGCGGACUGAUGGGCGCAGGAAUUGCACAGGUUGCUGCUUCAACUGGCCACAUGGUGACACUGUUGGACACAUCUGAUGACAUCCUGAAAAAGUCUGUCAGCGGUAUCGAAGGGAGCUUAAAACGAGUGGUGAAGAAGAAGUUUGCUGAUAAACCAGAGGCCGGUGCAGAGUUCAUCCAGAAAGUCAUGCUGAGCGUGAAGACGACAACAGAUGCCAGCUCUGCAGCUCAAGGUGCAGACCUCAUUGUGGAAGCCAUUGUGGAGAAUCUCAAAAUCAAACAGGAUCUGUUCGUCAAACUCGACAAUGUCGCACCAGCACACACCAUUUUUGCCAGCAACACGUCAUCACUGUCCAUCUCUGAUAUAGCCAGUGCCACCAAAAGAACGGACCGAUUCGGAGGCCUUCAUUUCUUCAAUCCAGUUCCCAUGAUGAAGCUAGUUGAGGUAAUUGGAACACCGGCAACAAGUCAGGAAACCUUCGAUUCCCUCUUGAACUUCAGCAAAGCACUUGGAAAAACACCUGUGUCAUGUAAAGAUACACCAGGCUUCAUUGUGAACCGCCUGCUUGUUCCUUACAUGAUGGAGGCUAUCCGCUUAUACGAAAGAGGCCAUGGAUCCAAAGAAGAUAUUGAUAUUGCCAUGAAACUUGGUGCUGGAUAUCCCAUGGGACCCUUUGAGCUCCUUGACUAUGUAGGACUGGACACUUUAAAGUUCAUCAUGGAUGGUUGGAAUGAGAUGGAUCCAGGUAAUCCACUGUUCCGCCCAAGUGAAAUGCUGAACAAAUUGGUUGCAGAGGGCAAAUAUGGUAAAAAGACAGGCGAAGGAUUCUACAAGUACAAGUAAAUGAAUUUUGCAGUGAUGAUCUGAGUGGAAAAUGCCACUGUGGAUGAGUUAGUUUGUAAAAGCUGAAUCAUGAACCAUGGACUGAUUUAAAGUGAAGAGGAAACACUGUGUCAUGUUCACAACACUCCUGGAUCCAGUUAGUGUGCCUUCUACAUUAAGUCUGUUUCUAUGCCAUCAGCCAAUGAAUGAUGAUUAUCUGAAGGAAGAUUAUUUUUGUUGUUGUCUCUCUUCCUGCUUGCAUUGCCAUGGGAGAUGGGAAGGACACGUCCCUCCCAGUGUUCUGUCUGGUGUAUGAGUACCGGUUUUUAGACAGUAACAUGGUUUUUGUCAGUGUUACACCACUGCGGUGGAUUCAGAAUGAAACGAUCAUGAAGUGAUUGCAGUGUAGACUGUCAGCUUUAAUUCAAAGAGAGAAAUAUCACUUAUUUACAAAUUAGACCCAUUUUAAUGGGCAUUCCUUCCAUUUUCAGAGGUCAAACAUAAUUGGACAUAUUAAUAAAUUGUAAGUAUGAAUGUUAAUGCACAAUGGCUUAGUAGUUAGCACGGUUUCCUCACAGCAAGAAGGUCCUGGGAUUGGUUCUUGUCUGGUCCCUUCGGUGUGGAGUUUGUAUGUUGUCUGCGUGGGUUUCCUCCGGCCCUCCAGUUUCCUGCCACAAUCAAAAACAUGCUUAUUCAGGGUCUGCUCCUUUCUCUGCCCCUGACCAAGGCAGCGCCUCUAUAUCUGGAGUUGGUUCCCGGGAGCUGCACUGUGGCUGCCUGCUGCUGCCAGCAAUUGGUUUGUGUCUAACUAAUUAGGAUGGGUUAAAUGCAGAGGACAGAUUUCAUUGUGUGUGUGUACAAUGAUGAUCUUUGCAGUCAGUGGAAGCCAUGAACAACACCAAAUGCUGCUGCUUUCCUUGAAAUGCUCGGUGAGGCCGGUACUGCAGCCUGUUUGUGGGUCUUUCUGUCCUGCUUUGUCUUCUGUGAGUGAAAAGCUGCUCUAUUGGUUUGGCUGAUGUGGUUGUUGAAGAAUAUUCCAGCUCUUGGUGUGUUUUUGGCCCAUCUGUCUGAUUGAUUUGUUUACCAACCUCAUUCUGGACUCCUUUACUCUCUCUGGGACCUCAUAGUGAGGGUUACAGUGAACAUGUAUCAAAUGCGAACUCAGCACUUGAAAUAGAAGAACAUCGAAACACAUUUUCCAAAUGUUUAGUCAGUCAAUUGUCCAGUUACUUUUGACCUGGGAGAAUGGAUGGGCUCUGUGUUUGUUUAAUUUUGUUGUUGUUUAUCCCCUUGGACUAAAACUGAGUCUGCACUACAAACACACCUCGAUUGUUUGAUUUCAGCUCCGUUGUGGUGGUGCACAGAAGAAAGCUCGUGUCCUGUCUAAAUAGUUGCUUUCCCUACUGCAUGAACACAUCAAAAUGGUCAUCAAUCGAUGUAACAUAUGAGAGUUGUGGAAUUAUUUUGAAUAGGUUUGCAGGUUAGCAAUGUGUAUGGGUCUAUAAUAAAAGCUCCUAUAAUUGAGUGCUUUGACCAUCACCAGUGGAUUAAAUCAGUAACAGACAUUAUAGUGACAGUGUAAUCGGAGCCAGCCCUGAUUAUGGAGGUGAGGUUUGAGAUUGACACCUCAUACAUACAUACAUACAUACAUGCACAACUAAAGCACUUCCCUCACUCAUUGUGGACCCCGACCAGCACCUCCAGAAGCCUGUUAUAGGUACAGAUGCAUUGUUCCACUCAUGUCCUGGCAACAAGAUGCAUUGUGGUGGUUGUGGAGCAUCUUGAUUUUUAUUUUGACACUCGCUGCAGCCACCAGGCUGGAACAAGUCAUGCUGUUGCUUUGAGAGUUCUGGAAGUGGACAAAGCCGUUAUCUGGAAGCAUAAGUAUUGUUCCAGUUUCUCAUCUUUUUAUGAAUGUCAAAAAAUGAAAUCCAUAUUCAAACAUCAACCCCAAAACAUUAAAGUAGCGGUCAGUUUCAGGAGUGCAAACUCUUCCGAGUUUGUCCACAUUUGUACGUAUACUACCUGAAUGUAUGAAUUUGCACAUCCUCUGGUUAAAAGAAGUCGGACAGAAAUUUAACUGAUGAGAUGCAGGUUUGAGGUGAGACGUGUUCUGGUGUGUAGAAUGUGGUUAAGCGUCAACUCUGUCUCUUCCCUCAAACUAGCAUCAGUGAUCCUGGUUAGCUAGUUAUCAACAGUCUCUGGUAGCAGUGGGCUUCCCAGGUUUGAGUCAGAGGUUAGUUGUUAAGACAGAUGCUGAAAUCUGAGGUCUCCAUCUCCACUCGUUACAGACAUCUGUUGUUAUAGCGAGUGGAGAUGCAUAAAAUGUAUGUUGUUAAAUGCACAACGGUUAAGGCUUUGCAGAUGCAUCAAACUGCACCAUUUUGGGUGUAAUCCAAAUCUAACCCAGUGCAGCAACAGGACUAAUUAGAGGUCCUGCUGUGAGGUAGUUGUUUUUUCUGACUCAUCUAAAAACUUGGGAAGCAAAAAAAACUGAUCACCUUUGGACACACUUUGUUUUCCAAAGUGCUGCCACAUUCUCUUCAUUUGAACAGUCAUGUCUGGACUAGUGUACCUUAUUAUUGCUACUCUACUUUUAUACUUCUCAGAAAAAAAUACGGCUGAUAAAGUAGGUUAAGUAAGGUAUUGCUACUUUGUUACUUAACAUAAGCUUGCAAAAGAAACUAAUUGGAAUCAGUUUUAAGAACUGCUUUAUGAUAUGCAGGAGUUCUGCCAUCGAUUUGUUUGCUUUACAAACUACAACACAUGACCACAAGGUGGUGCUGUUUGACUUAGGAUGGGGUAGUCCAGCGAGAUGGGUGACAUGGCAAGAGAUGCAAUGGCCCGUGUUUAUGUAAACACUUAAAUUAUUUAAAAAUGGUGCUUAAGAAAAGUUGGCUCUACUCCAAAUGCAAUUGUCCAUUCAAAGUAACUGGUGCACGAGCUGAUGUUUUAAACUGUCGUCUAACCUUUAACUUGCUUUGUGAGGCCUUCUGCCAGUACGCAGUACUGUCUGUAUGCUGAAUAGUAUUUCCAAGGAGAUAUAUAUUUUUUCCUGGCACUUCAAGUUCUGUUUAUGUCCCACACAAGUGAUCAAAUGAGCCAAUAGUGCCUUUUAUUUUUCUUAAAAAAAAAAAAAUUUUGAAACAGUUAAAAUGUGACCACUUGGGAAGCAAAAUGCUAUACCAAGAUGACAGUGACCCAAAAUAUAACAAAGAAUU